GCCUACUUACCUGAUAAAUACAGCUCCUUGCUUUUGCCAUUAGUUCCAAGGCAUUUUAUAUUUAUGACACCAACCCAUACCGGUAUUUCUCUCUCAUUCAUCUUCCAUUUACUCUUUCUUCAGUCACCCAUCUCUCAACAUCUUCAAUUCCCAUAACACUGUUUUCUUCUUCACUGCUUAAAGCUUGGUUCUUGGGGCUUGAAGGAUUCUGGGUAGCUGAGGCCUGAGGGUUUUGUGUACUGGGAUCAUGAACAGUGACAAGAAAGAGCCUUCCUCUGCUGAGGAAGUAAGAGAAGUUGUUAUUUCAAUCCCUAUGACCGAGAGUUCCUCUGGAAUCACUGAAGAAAAAAUGCCUGCUGGACAUUGGAAAAAACCCAACCUUUUUUUGGAGAUACCUACGAGAACAUUGGAGGAUUCCUGUGAAGAAUUAGUUCAAAUAAAAUCAUUUCCCACUCCAAAGAAGGUGAAUUUUGUUUUGACCCCAAGUUCUGCAGAUCCAAGUGUAAAAGGAUCUCCCGGUCCCAUAUCAUCCAGAGGCAAAUCAUCCUUAAGGAACCUAUUGCCCAAAUUGAGCUUUAAGUACCGUAGUUCUAAUCCAGAUAUAGAGAAGGCCGCUGAUAUCGAUCCGGGUUCUUCAGCCACAACAUCGCAGGAGAAGGUAUCCAUAUCAAGGUCUUGGUCUCUUACUAAAAUAUUUACACCACGCAUGAAGAAUGCCACUUCGUUGCCCGGUACUCCUAUUGCACAUUCAAAUCCAGAUUCUGUGCGCGGGGGAAGCUCAAGAGGAGCCAAAAUGCGCAUAUCUCGAUCACUUUCUUUACCAGUCAAUAACAAGGACCAGAGCAUCCGUAAAGUGGAAUCUUUUUUCCGUGUUAUCCCUUCAACACCUUGUGCGAAAGAUGCAAAUUCCAUUACUUCAGCUGCAGCUCCAACAGGAGAUUCUGAAGAAAAUGAGCAAGACGGUGAAGAUAUACCGGAAGAAGAAGCUGUUUGUCGAAUUUGCUUGGUUGAACUAUGUGAAGGUGGGGAAACGCUAAAGAUGGAAUGCAGCUGUAAAGGCGAACUCGCCCUGGCCCACCAAGAAUGUGCCAUUAAAUGGUUUAGCAUCAAAGGUAACAAGACGUGUGAUGUAUGCAAGCAAGAAGUCCUUAAUCUCCCCGUCACACUGCUGCGGAUUCAGAGCAUACAAAAUACUGAUACUGGUGCAAGUAGAUUAAGUCAAAUGGAAAUAAACGGUUACAGGGUUUGGGAGGAAGUGCCCAUUCUUGUCAUUGUCAGCAUGCUCGCCUACUUUUGUUUCCUUGAGCAGCUUUUGGUUGGAAAAAUGGGUACUGGUGCAAUUGCCAUAUCAUUGCCCUUUUCUUGUGUCCUCGGCCUUAUUUCAUCUAUGACAGCAUCAACUAUGGUGAAGAGAAAAUUUGUCUGGGUUUUCGCCUCAGUUCAGUUUGCAUUGGUGGUACUCUUUGCACAUAUUUUCUACUCCUUGGUUCAUCUGCAAGUCAUCAUGUCAAUCCUUCUCUCAACAUUUUCAGGCAUCGGCAUUGCAAUGAGCGGAAGCUCCAUUAUAGUCGAGUAUUCUAGAUGGAGAAGAAGGCGGCAGCUCGCCUUCUUGAGCCAGCAAGAGAAUCCUCAGGCUGCACUGCCACCGGGACAACAGCCGAGGCAACAAAAUCAAGAACCUUCAGUGCCCCAAGCAGGGCCUCAGCCUCAUCAAUCUAAUGUAGAAAAUCCAGAAAUGUUGGGUGGGAGAGUACCCAAUGCUGAAUAGCUCACAUAGACAGAGGAAAGGUGUUUUUCAUAUACAGAUGUAAAAUUUGAGGUUGCUAAUUUGUAUGAGGCUUGUCAGAUGUUUUUCAAUACAGAUGUAAAAUUGAGGUUGUUCAUUUGUACAAGGCUUGUCUUCAACUCUUGAAAGUGCCAUCUUUGGUUAAGUAGUUUUAGAAACAGAGUUUACUGUAUAUUCUCCCUUAUCUAGCAUUGGAAAUCUCAGUACAAGAAAUUCUUAUUUGGUGGCUU